AUGGAGGCAAGAAUUUGUCACUUUGUGAUGGUGCAUGGAGCAACCCUUGGUGCAUGGUGUUGGUACAAAGUUGCAGAUCUUCUUGUGAAAGCGGGUCACACUGUGUCUUCCAUUGACAUGGCAAGCGCAGGUAUCGAUCAUAGUGAUGCUGACCACAUUUCAUCUUUACAAGAGUACAAUCAACCUCUUACAGACUUCUUUACAGCUCUUCCUUCUCAAGCUAAGGUUAUAUUCGUUGGCCACAGUGCUGGUGGCUUCAAUUUGAGCUUUACGAUGGAGCAUUUUCCAGAUAAAAUUGUUACUGCCUUCAUGCCCCUCAGCGGAACAACUCUCUCUGAUAUGAUGAAUGAGGUCGAAUCCAUAGUUGGAAACUUCGGAGACUCCACAUUUUACUAUGCAAAUGGGAAGGAGAAUCCUGCAACAUCCGUCAAGUUUGGCACCCAGUUUGCACGAGAGUUUCUAUUGCAGAACAGUCCUUCUUGGGAUCUGACGUUGUGGGAAUCGUUGGAAAAGAAAUUUCCAAUAUGGCAAGAACCUCUUUUGUAUACAGCUAAAAACUAUGGAAGUGUUAGAAGAAUAUACGUUGUGGCGAAGGACGAUAAGUAUCUUGUGGAAGCGUUCCAGAGAAAGAUGAUUGCAGACAAUCCUCCACAAAUGAUAUACGAAAUUGAAGGAUCUGCUCAUACCGUAUUCUUCUCCAAACCUCUUCGUCUUGCUGAGGUGCUUAUACAAAUUGCUAAUGCAUUACAGUGCAACUGA